UCUGGGCGAAAGAAAAUGGCGGUUGAGGGGCCGGAGCAGGUAAGCGAUUCCUGCCGAUUGCUGAGUCACAUCAGCAGCUGCCGCCGCGUUGUACAAGAAAACAAAAUGAUGGACCUGGAUGAGGGCAAGGGUGGGACAGGGCUGCGCCAGUAUUACCUGUCCAAGAUUGAGGAGCUGCAGUUGAUAGUCAAUGAUAAGAGUCAGAAUCUCAGGAGACUGCAGGCUCAGAGGAAUGAACUUAAUGCCAAGGUACGCCUGCUUCGUGAGGAAUUGCAGCUUCUGCAGGAACAGGGUUCCUAUGUGGGUGAAGUGGUGAGGGCUAUGGACAAAAAAAAGGUGCUCGUCAAGGUUCAUCCAGAAGGCAAGUUUGUGGUUGAUGUGGACAAAAAUAUAGACAUCAAUGAUGUGACACCAAACUGUCGUGUUGCUCUGAGGAAUGAUAGCUACACACUGCAUAAGAUACUACCAAACAAAGUGGAUCCUCUGGUUUCGUUGAUGAUGGUGGAGAAAGUUCCAGAUUCCACCUAUGAGAUGAUUGGUGGUCUUGACAAGCAAAUCAAAGAGAUUAAAGAAGUGAUUGAGCUUCCAGUUAAACAUCCAGAGCUUUUUGAAGCUUUGGGCAUUGCUCAACCAAAGGGUGUGCUAUUGUAUGGACCCCCUGGUACUGGAAAAACUUUGCUGGCCCGGGCUGUGGCUCAUCACACUGACUGUACUUUCAUCCGUGUCUCUGGCUCUGAGCUUGUGCAGAAAUUCAUUGGAGAAGGUGCAAGAAUGGUACGUGAGCUGUUUGUCAUGGCACGGGAGCAUGCCCCUUCCAUCAUCUUCAUGGAUGAGAUAGACUCCAUUGGUUCUUCUCGCUUGGAAGGUGGAUCUGGUGGGGACAGUGAAGUUCAGCGUACAAUGUUGGAAUUGCUCAACCAGCUUGAUGGUUUUGAAGCUACUAAGAACAUCAAGGUAAUUAUGGCAACCAAUCGCAUAGACAUCUUGGAUUCAGCCCUGCUUCGUCCUGGCCGCAUUGAUAGAAAAAUUGAAUUCCCACCUCCAAAUGAAGAGGCUCGUCUGGACAUCCUGAAGAUUCAUUCUCGUAAGAUGAAUCUGACAAGAGGAAUCAAUCUGCGGAAGAUUGCAGAACUAAUGCCGGGGGCUUCUGGGGCUGAGGUCAAGGGUGUAUGUACAGAGGCUGGAAUGUAUGCAUUGAGAGAGAGGAGAGUACACGUAACUCAAGAAGACUUUGAAAUGGCUGUAGCAAAGGUUAUGCAAAAAGACAGUGAGAAGAACAUGUCCAUCAAGAAGCUCUGGAAAUAAAAAAGUUGCUGCUGUUUCAUCAAGUUAUUUCCUAUUAUGUCAUUUACUUGUUUUUCAUGUAAUAAAACAAUAUAAAUGAUUGUAAAUGGAAGAGGGGGAAAGGGUUUUUUUUAGAGUUUGUUCAGCUUUUCAGCAAUGAAAUUAGUUUAUAAAACCAAAUGAAUUGCAUGUUUUCUCACUGGAAGCAUUUUAGGAGAUGAGGUCCUCCUAAAAGCCUGGUUAAGUCUGAGGUAAUAUGUCUUUGAAACAGCAUUUGCAGUUCUGUUUUCAAGUUUUUGUACUUCUACUCUAAUUUGUAGCUUGGAAAGGUACAUGUUAGAUAUGUGUGCAACUUGAUCCAGAACUAAAUAUUCUGUAUCACUCUACUACUUUAUGCUACUCCAGGACAAUUCUGGAAGUAACUUCCAAACCAGACUAGUGUAGAAAACAAGAAGAGUCUGUUCCUGGGUUGAAAAUUUUUGUGCUUAUCAAAUGGUGGUAAAUAUAUUGAAAUUGUUAUAAUCAAGUUUAAGGUAGAGGGAUAAAAACUGCUUAGGGAGAAUGUCUUGAAAAAAAAUUAAGUUUGUGAUAUUAAAAGAACUCAUUAACAUUUUACUAAAGGUCCCUUGACUAGCUUAUUUUGAUGUCUUCAAAAAAAGAAGUGGAAUUGUAUCUAUGAAUAGAAACAGUUAACUAAACUUUAUGAAGUGAAAAUUGUACCAUAACAAAAAUUUAACUAAAUUAUUAUUAUUGUGAAUUUUUGGAGGUAGUCCUGCCAAUUAAACUUUGUAAUUUUGAGAUAGAGAACCUGCUUCCCCAUCCUGUUCCCCCUCCCCUCCAAUAAACUAAGCAGUUGCGACUAUU